AUGAGUAAAAAGGAAGAGAAGGACAAGUCUGUCCAAGUCAUUGAAAAGAAGACCAAGAUGGAGCCUGCCAAGAAACAAACAGAAGAGUCUACAGGUGGUUGGAAUGAUUGGAACAAGGCUUCAUUUGAUGGUGAUGAUGCCAAAAAGAACAAAUUUCUAAGAUUAUUAGGUGCUAAAAAGAACACACAGUCCUUUGUGCCAGCCAAGAAAUCAAGUGGAUUAUAUGGCGGCUUAAAGAGUGCGAUUGAUGAAGAUGAAAAAGAUAAGAUUUCUAAGGCUUUGGAGAAACAGUUUGAUCAUGGUUUACAGUUUAGAAAACAAAUGCAAAUGGGUCGUCGUGGAGGUUUAGGCUUCAAUUGA